AUGCACACCUCCGCCCUCCUCCUCCCCCUCGCCUUCGCAGCCGUCGAGGCCCACCAAAACUUCCACCAGUUCUGGGUCAACGGCGUCUCCCCCGGCUUCGAAACAUGCAUCCGCAUGCCCCCCUCCAACAACCCCGUCACCGACGUCAGCUCCAACGAUAUCACCUGCAACGUGAACGGCAACACCGUUCCGCGCACCGAAGCCGUCUGCGCCGCCGCGGCGGGCGACACGAUCAAAGUCCAGUGGGACUCGUCGACGCAUCCGGGGCCGAUUACGCAUUUCUUGCUUGGGCCGAUCGGGGAUGCGACACAGGAGAGUGGGGUUGGGAGCUGGGUCAAGAUUGAUGAGCUGAAUUAUGUGGAUGGGCAGUGGGCGAAUGAGAUUAUGGAGGCGGCGGAGAUGACGCAUGAGUUUAAGCUGCCGAGUAACCUUGAGUCUGGCGACUACCUGUUAAGAAGUGAGAUGGAGACCCUGCACGCUUCGAUGACAGUCGAUGGUACGCAAUUCUACAUCGGGUGCGCGCAGCUGCACAUCACCGGCCCUGGAGGGUCAUGUAGCCCAUCGAUCGAGCUGCCCGGUGCAUACACGGAUCAGGAUGCCAAUAUCUUGAUUCCGGACUUUUACAACGGGUUUGACCCGACGACGUUCACAGCGCCAGGUGGCCCAGUGGCAACUUGUGCGUGA